AUGGGAAGAAAUUCUUCUAAAGCACUUACUAGUCCAAAAGUUUCAAAAACUCAGAAGAAGGUGCCUGAAGAUGUUAACAACCAAGAGAACAGAGCCUCUCAGAUGAUUACAUCCUCUGCUAGAAAAAAAAACCAGGGAUGUGAGACAACAGAAUCUUUUUCAAAUGGAUCCAUAUUUUCUCUGGCAUUCCAUAUUUCCAGAAAUACUGAAGGAGAAAUUGUAGAUGGAGGGAGCACACAAAGGCUACAGCUCAAGAAACAUGUGAUAGUUGGCGAAAAAGGGGAAACGAGGCUUAUAAGAGUGGAGAUUUAUCAGAAGCUGAAGUAUGUUAUUCAAAGGGUAUUAGUUCAAUACAACAUACAAAGACACAUGGCGUUUGUAUACAACUUCUUAUUUUCUGUUAUAGCAAUCGUGCAACUAUACGCAUGGAAUUGA